CAAUUACUCAAUUACUCUGGAGUAGAUCCUACUUCAAGAAUGGCACCAGAUUCAGAUUCGUUUCCUCAAGCCUAUAAUCGUGAUAAUUUUCAGCAUCCUGCUAGUUUCUCACGACUACCUUCAAAUGUUAUGGGAUCACCUGCUUCGGGUAUUCCACCCCAAUCUCAUCAUCCUACUGACAAUUACUCUGGAGUCGAUCCUGCUUCAAGAAUGGCACCAGAUUCAGAUUCGUUUCCUCAAGCCUAUAAUCAUGAUAAUUUUCAGCAUCCUGCUAGUUUCUCACGACUACCUUCAAAUAUUACGGGAUCACCUGCUUCGGGUAUUCCACCCCAAUCUCAUCAUCCUACUGACAAUUACUCUGGAGUAGAUCCUACUGACAAUUACUCUGGAGUGGAUCCUGCUUCAAGAAUGGCACCAGAUUCAGAUUCGUUUCCUCAAGCCUAUAAUCAUGAUAAUUUUCAGCAUCCUGCUAGUUUCUCACGACUACCUCCAAAUGUUAUGGGAUCACGUGCUUCGGGUAUUCCACCCCAAUCUCAUCAUCCUACUGACAAUUACUCUGGAGUAGAUCCUGCUUCAAGAAUGGCACCAGAUUUAGAUUCGUUUCCUCAAGCCUAUAAUCAUGAUAAUUUUCAGCAUCCUGCUAGUUUCUCACGACUACCUUCAAAUGUUAUGGGAUCACCUGCUUCGGGUAUUCCACCCCAAUCUCAUCAUCCUACUGACAAUUACUCUGGAGUAGAUCUAGCUUCAAGAAUGGCACCAGAUUCAGAUUCGUUUCCUCAAGCCUAUAAUCAUGAUAAUUUUCAGCAUUUUGCUAGUUUCUCACGACUACCUUCAAAUGUUAUGGGAUCACGUGCUUCGGGUAUUCCACCCCAAUCUCAUCAUCCUACUGACAAUUACUCUGGAGUAGAUCCUGCUUCAAGAAUGGCACCAGAUUCAGAUUCGUUUCCUCAAGCCUAUAAUCAUGAUAAUUUUCAGCAUCCUGCUAGUUUCUCACGACUACCUUCAAAUAUUACGGGAUCACCUGCUUCGGGUAUUCCACCCCAAUCUCAUCAUCCUACUGACAAUUACUCUGGAGUAGAUCCUGCUUCAAGAAUGGCACCAAAUUCAGAUUCAUUUCCUCAAGCCUAUAAUCAUGAUAAUUUUCAGCAUCCUGCUAGUUUCUCACGACUACCUCCAAAUGUUAUGGGAUCACCUGCUUCGGGUAUUCCACCCCAAUCUCAUCAUCCUACUGACAAUUACUCUGGAGUAGAUCCUGCUUCAAGAAUGGCACCAGAUUCAGAUUCGUUUCCUCAUGCCUAUAAUCAUGAUAAUUUUCAGCAUCAUGCUAGUUUCUCACGACUACCUUCAAAUGUUAUGGGAUCACUUGCUUCAGGCAUUCCACCCCAAUUUCAUCAUCCUACUGACAAUUACUCUGGAGUAGAUCCUGCUUCAAGAAUGGCACGAGAUUCAGAUUCGUUUCCUCAAGCCUAUAAUCGUGAUAAUUUUCAGCAUCCUGCUAGUUUCUCACGACUACCUUCAAAUGUUGCAGCCCCACCUCCAUCAACCAUGGCUCCACCAUCUCAUUUUCCUAGUGAAAACAUCCACCAACCACCAAAUGGCUCUGAGCAUUCUGUUUAUCAUCAUCAAUCACAUCCGCACCCGCCAUACCAGCCUGAACCUCAUCAGAGCAUACCGCAAAACUACCCUUCCCAUGAUAUACCCUCUUUUGCAUCACAUCCCAAUUUUCAGUCCUACCUGAGUUUCACGGAGAGUAGCCUUCCCGCUGCUCCUUCUCAUUACCCUUAUUAUCAAGGUUCCGAUGUUGCUACCUACACCAGUUCACCACCUUCUAACGCAGCGGUACCAUAUGCUUCAACUCCUAAAUAUAGUUCUAGUGGCAAGAACGGGAGCCUUUCGGAAGUUUCAUCACCGACCUCAGAAAGGUACGAGUAUGAUAGCAGUUACCAGCCUCCACCUGAAAAAAUUGUUGAAGCACACAACGCGGCGAGAUUUGCAGUAGGGGCUUUGGCAUUUGAUGAAGUAUCUGUUGCAGUGGACCACCUUAAGAAAGCUCUCGAUUUGUUGACGAAUCAAUCAUCUGCCCACUGAAUCCUCUUGUAUGUGGACUUCAUACCAAGAUUGAUUUCCUUGCUUCAUUCACUUGCAUGCUAAAUUUACUUAUUCAUUAUCCAAGUUGUUGCAUGGAUUGUAUAUGUUUGUUAUCUUUAUUUGUUUGAAGUUGGCCUUGAUGUUUCUCUA